AAAUUUGUUGGGUAAAUUGUGCUGCCAAUCAACAAAAUAUUUGCAUUGAAUUAAUAAAAAAAAAAAUUUAAUUUUAAUUAUCCCUAUCCUUGUGUAAAAUAACGGCCUCAAAAUAGAGCUGCUAUCGACUACUGCAAUAUCCUUUGCCCCCAUUGAGUCCACGGUGUCUUCUACACAUUAUCAGCCAACAUCAUCGUCAUCACCAUCGCCCUACUAUUCGACGGCUCAUCAUCACCACCAGUCACCCCAAACAGCGCCAUCCAAUUCAACGUUACAACAACAACAUCAUCAUCAGCAGCAACAGCUUCAGCAACAAUAUCACCGGCAAUCUCUGCAUAAUUUUCUAUUAGCCCCAACAUCUUUAUCAACUUUGCCCGCAUCGGCUGUACCACAAACUCAAACAUCAAAUUCGUUGUCCUCCUGUAGCUCGGCAGCUGUAGAAGGUUCAUCUCAACUACUCCAACAACAGCAUCUACAGCAAGAACAACAGCAUACAAUACACAUGAAGUUAUUGGGCAGUAACGAUGAUAGACAAGUGCGCGGCGGUGUUGAUCAAUCUGUACCGCGCACUCAAGAUGAUGUUGCUGCUGCUGCCGCCGCAGUGGGUUACGUGUUCCCGCGGCCCUCACCUGGCGGUAUGCAGCAGGGUGUAGGCAAUUCAGGCGGCAGUAUACAUGAUGUUGCAGCUGCCGAAUAUGCUGCUCAAUUUGCCCAAAAACAAGCACGUUGGGCAUGUGGGGAUGAGCAUACCAUUGAUAAUCCCGAUAAAUGGAAGUACAAUCCUCCAAUGAAUCCAGCCAAUGCUGCGCCUGGUGGACCACCUGGUAGUGGUCCCGGUACAAUUGGUCCCAUUGGCAUGGGCGGUGGCAUGGGUAGUAUGGGCACUAAUGGUGGUUUACAUCCUUCAAUGGGUGGCCCAAAUCAAAUGAGUAAUUCAGCAGCCGCAGCUGCUGCCGCUGGUAUGGCUGCCAUGCAACAGGCUGCUGCCGUCGCUAAACAUAAUCAAAUGAUGUCACAAGUCGCAGCUGCAGCUGCUCAACAUCAGCAUCAUCAACAGCAGCAGCAACAACAACAACAGCAGCAACAACAACAACAACAGCAGCAACAACAACAGCAGCAGCAACAACAACAACAGCAGCCACCACAUCCGGCUCAUCAGCAGCCACCACAUCCCCAACAUCAACAGCAUGGUCCCCCACAUCCAUCCCAAAUGCAAUCUCAUCAAUACAAUUCGAAUCUUCUCAAUCACGCCAUGAACAAUCCAGCUGCUGCUGCUGCCGCCGCUGCUGCUAUAGCAGCAGGCAUGACUCAUAUGCAAUUGCCACCAGCAAUGCAAGGUGCCACUGGCAACAUUUAUGAUCAUCCAGGCGUACAUCCUGGUGUGGGAAUGAAUGGUGUGGGUGUACCAAAGCCACCACAACCCGGACAACCUGGUCCCGGCGAAUUGGUCUAUCUGGGAGGACAACCACAUGCUGCCGCUGCUUUGGGCAUGAUGCAACAGAAUCAAUACAUGAAUAAUCAAGCUGCAGCUGCCGCAGCCGCCUCACGCAAUGCCGCAGCGAUCACUACAUCCACUGCCAAAAAAUUAUGGGAGAAAUCCGAUGGCAAAGGUUCGGCUUCGGCUGGUGUUACCGGUGGCCCUUUAAAUCCUUUACACAUUGGUGAUCCUCAUGUUUGGAAAGAUUCGCCCUGGUCCACACAGAGUGAGACAAUAUUGCCUCGACCACGUACAUUUCCACAAGCACCGGAUUCAUCGGCGAGUGGAAAUGCUGGGAUAUUGAGUCCUCGUGAUUCAACAAGUGGUUUAGGUGUUAAAAUGGUGGAAUAUGUUUUGGGUGGUUCACCAACAAAUAAAGAAAGUCCUUUGUCGGGUUUGGAACCUCGUCUGAGGGGACUAAAGUUCGAUGAUAAUGAUAAAUCACACGAUGAUAAAGAAAAGGCAAAUUCUCCAUUCGAUACGAAUGGCUUAAAGAAAGAUGACCAAGUGACCACAACAAAUGGUGUUGUCAAUGGCAUUGACGAUGACAAAGGAUUCAAUCGCACACCCGGUUCCCGGCAACCCUCACCAGCUGAAGAAAACCUACCACGUCCCCCCACUCUACUCGAUCCCAGCCAACAUGCCGGGUUUCCACCACACGCCUUCAAUCACAUGUUGGGCGCUGCUGGCAUGGAUCAUCCAGGCAAUAAUUCGGGCUCCGGUGCUCCUGGUCAACAAAUGAAUUCAUCAUAUGCACAUCAUCAAAUGCCACAGAUGAAUCAACUGCAACCGCCGGUCAUGAAUGGUGUGGGUGGCAUGCAAAUGGCACAGAGUCCCAUGUUAAAUCAUCAAGGUCAAGGACCCAAUCAAAUUGAAUCUCCUGGUAAUCUAUUGCAGCAACAACCACCAAAUUUUGAUGUUCAGGUAGGUGACAAUGUAAGUGAUGAUCUGCUUGCAAAUGCCUUAAAUCACAACCAAGUAAGUUUCGAUUCGAAUGAACUGCUGCAAAAUCAUUUCCAGCAAUUAUUCCGCUCACAAAAUCCUGGCCUUGCUGCUGCUACAAAUGCUGCCGCCGCCGCUGCAGCAGCUGCGGCUGCCACAACAGCUGGUGCACCUCCUGGCGCACCCAAUGGCACAAUGCAACCCCAACAAAUGCAAAUGGCUGCUGCCUCACAACAGUUUUUGGCUGCCCAACAAAAUGCUGCCUACGCAGCACAACAGGCAGCACCCUAUGUGAUUAAUCCGGGUCAAGAUGCAGCACCCUAUAUGGGUUUAAUAGCUGCACAAAUGCCACAAUACUAUGGUGUUGCACCUUGGGGCAUGUAUCCAGGCAAUUUAAUACCACAACAAGGCACACAACCAAGAAGGCCGUUAACGCCAUCACAGCAAGGAGCCGAAAAUCAAUCUUAUCAGGUCAUACCGGCAUUUUUUGAUCAGAGUGGUUCACUUGUUAUGGGACCACGUACAGGAACACCAAUGCGCCUUGUUAGUCCAGCACCUGUUUUAGUGCCACCAGGCGCCGCACGUGCCGGCCCACCACCACAAGGUCCACCCCAACUAUAUCCGCCACAGCCCCAAACAGCACAACAGAAUUUAUACUCACAACAAAAUGGUUCAAGUGUUGGAGGUCUUGCUUUGAAUACAUCAUCGUUGACCGGAAGACGAGAUUCGUUUGAUCGCACCACUUCUGCCUUUAGUCCUUCAGCGAUGGAUUAUACCAACAGUAAUGCUGCUGCCGCCAAUGCGGUUUCGACCACAGUGGCACAAGCAGCCGCCGCAGCAGCAGCUGCUGCCGCUGCUAGGGGUAAAUGGCCGGGUGCAGUGACCAAUACAUAUGGUGCUUUAGGAGCAACAGCUUCAGCCAGUCCCCUCGGAGCUGCCAUUACACCACCUCCGCCACCACAAUCGUGCCUAAUAAACAAUCGUGCUCCAGGAGCUGAAUCCAAAUAUCGUCAACAAAUGGCUGUGGGUUUGCCACCGGCGGCAGCUGCUGCCCAGGCGGCGGCUGUUGCUGCUGCGGCCAACAAUAUGUUUGGCUCAAAUAGUUCAUUAUUCUCUAAGCACUUGGCUAUACCAGGUACGACACCAGCCGCUGCUGCUGCAGCUGCCGCCGCCGCUGCGGCUGCUUCAAGACAAUCAGUGGCAGCCGGUGUUGGUGGUGUGGGUGCGGCCGCCGCAGCAGCUGCAGCAGCAGCCGCCGCUGCUGGUGGCGCUCCACAACCGGGUCGUUCGCGUCUUUUGGAAGAUUUCCGCAACCAACGUUAUCCCAAUCUCCAGUUGCGCGACUUGGCCAAUCAUAUAGUCGAGUUUUCUCAAGAUCAACAUGGCUCACGUUUUAUUCAGCAAAAACUGGAACGUGCUACAGCCGCUGAAAAGCAGAUGGUCUUUAAUGAAAUCUUGGGUGCUGCCUACAGCCUCAUGACUGAUGUCUUUGGCAACUAUGUCAUACAGAAGUUCUUUGAGUUUGGCACUCCCGAACAGAAAAACACAUUGGGUAUGCAGGUCAAGGGUCAUGUACUGCAGCUAGCCCUACAAAUGUACGGCUGCCGGGUCAUACAAAAAGCCUUGGAAAGUAUUUCACCCGAACAGCAGCAGGAAAUUGUACGUGAAUUGGAUGGCAACGUUUUGAAAUGUGUUAAAGAUCAGAAUGGCAAUCAUGUUGUACAGAAAUGCAUUGAAUGCGUUGAUCCCUCAGCAUUGCAGUUCAUCAUAAAUGCCUUCAAGAGUCAGGUGUAUUCGUUGAGCACCCACCCCUACGGUUGUCGUGUUAUACAACGUAUUUUGGAGCAUUGCACUGCAGAGCAGACACAGCCCAUAUUGGAUGAAUUACACGAGCAUACAGAACAAUUGAUACAGGAUCAAUAUGGCAAUUAUGUUAUACAACAUGUAUUGGAACACGGCAAACCUGAGGAUAAAUCAAUUUUAAUUAAUAGUGUACGAGGCAAAGUAUUGGUUUUAUCACAACACAAAUUUGCUUCCAAUGUUGUUGAAAAAUGUGUUACACACGCCACACGAUCUGAGCGUACAGCACUUAUUGAUGAAGUCUGCACAUUUAAUGAUAAUGCCUUACACGUUAUGAUGAAAGAUCAAUAUGCCAACUAUGUGGUACAAAAAAUGAUCGAUGUCUCGGAACCAACACAACUAAAGAAACUUAUGAACAAAAUACGCCCCCAUAUGGCGGCGCUACGCAAAUACACCUACGGCAAACAUAUAAAUGCCAAAUUGGAAAAGUAUUUCAUGAAGACCUCUAAUCCCAUCACAACAACAGCCACAAGCACAACCGGCGUUGUGGGUGUAGGAGUAGGAAUUAUUGCCUCAUCAGUUAUUACCUCAGCUGGACUAACAGUAUCAGCUGUUAAUACCAUAACAACAGCAGCUGCCAUAACAACAGCUUCAAAUACAGCCACUGCUACAGCAGUUACACCUACUGUCAGCCAGCAGCAGCAGUCAUUAGAAAAUGGCAUUAGUGUAAGCACACCAAUGGAUACCAGUGGUGGAAAUGUCAAUAAUUCAUUGGCAUCUGUAGUGACUAGCACAAAUUUGGGACCCAUCGGUCCACCCACCACAAAUGGGGUUUUGUAAGCUGAAUUUUUUCUUACUCUUGAAAAUAACAUCUAAAUUUUCUUUCGGUUAUUUUAAGACUUUAGUUAAGAGCAACGUUUGAUAAACAUAAAUAAUGUUAGACUUUAAGACAACAACCAACAUUUUUGAAGCAAAAACCACUUAGAUAAUAUUAAACAAAUCAAAAACUCGUAAUAUUGAGUUAAAGAAGAAAAAAAACUUCAAAUUUAUAUAAAUAUGAAAAAAGCCAACGCUUUAAGGAUUAAAAGAAACAAAAAAACUUACGAUUUUAAAAUGAUUUAUAAAAAAAACAAUUGAUUUAAAACAAAAAAAUCCAACAACAAGAGAAAAACCUCUAAUUGUAUAAAAAAUAUGUAAACAUUUUUUUAAAGAUGAUUAAGAAUUACAUUUUGAAGAUGAUCAUAUUCAAUAUUGAAAUGAUAUUUGUUAAAAUGAAGAAACAGAAGAGAAAUCAACCCAAGAGAACACACACAAUUUGUUUAAGUUUAGUGGUAAUUUUUAUUAUAAUUAAAUACUAUAAAUACAUAACACACAUACAUACUAUUGUUAUUUUUAGACUAAAAGCAAACAACACAAGAAAAGCAUGUUUCGAAGAGUUAUUAACGAUUUUUUUUAUUAAAUAUUUUCAAGUAAACUAAAGCUUUUUGCCAGCCAAAAGAAAUGAUUUGAAGAGUUAAUCGAGAAAACAUUUUUUUUAUAAAAUUAAACCCAUUUCAGAAUACUGCAACAUGUUUCUGGAGUAAUCGAAAUAUUUUAAAAUGUCGAUACACAAAUAGUUUUGUUGUUAGACAAACAUUCGUUUCAAAUUUAAAACUCUUCAAAAAUCCUUUAGAGAUUUUAAAUUUUAUUACAAACACACAUUACUUUAUGUUUAAAAAAAUACCACUUAAACUAUCGCUUUGAUCUGCCACUUGCUAGAAAAAAUAAAUUAAGAAAAUAUAUUUUGAAACUCGUUUUAGAUUUUGAGUAAAUACUGUAAUUAAUAAUUGUUUUUGAGGAAAACAGAAAGAAAGAAAUAAUUCCUAAAUUGUUAGUUAAGAAACUUUUAGUAACACAAGUUUUUCGUUUUUUUGCUUUUAAGAAAACUGAUUGAUUGUAAAACUUUUAUUAUUAUUAUUAUUUUGUUUAUAAUUUGUAAGUGUAAAUGUAGAUUUUAUUUUUUGCCCCCCCCCCUUCUCGUACUAUACUAAUUUUAAGGAAAAAAAAAAACAAAAACCAAAACUAUUCAACAAAAUAUGUUCAAUGUAAAAUUUGUAAUGUUUCAAAAUGAGUAAUGAAGAAAAAAGCAAAACAAUAAUCAUAUAUGUAAACUUUUUUGUAAAUAAAACCAAACUUUAUAAGAAGAAAAACAUUUAAUGGAACGAAACAAAAAAGAGUCAUUUUAACAUAGAGUUAAACUUUUUUAACGUAAAUUAACUAUAACAAAGAGUUUGAUUAAAAUAAUGCAAACGGUGUGAUUGAUGUGAAACAAAAAUCAACAUAAAUGCAUACACGCAUCAUAAAGAAUAUAAUAUAUUUUGAUAUGAAACAAUAAAUCAGCCUAAAGACAGACAAUUUUGUUAGUGUUAAAGAUAAAAUUGCAUACAAUUGGCCCCGAUAUGCAGAUAUUCGAAUCAUGAUUUUCCAAUUUCAAAUUUAUAAAUGCUCUGUACCAAACGAUUUCACAAAAUCCUUUUGCUUUAAACUUCUCAGUGGUCUUAAGAUCUAUAAACUGACCAGUUAUUUUCGAAUUACAUACAUGUCAGAAACAUGAAAGAACAAAACUGUUUUAACUUAAAUCAAAAAUGCCGUUACACUAUACAAAAAAAUUUAUGCACAUUUUUCAAAGUUUGUAAACGAUGUAUAUUGAAACAUGAUUCGAAUAUAUUUGAAAUAGGAAUUCGUAGAUAUAUCGAUAAUUUUUCGAAAUCGUAUUUCCUUCCUAUAAGCUUCAUAAAAAUAAUAUUGUUUUUUUAUAAGACAAUGCAAAUCUCGAAAUUUAAUCAAAAAAUUGCAAUUAUAUUGUUUAAUACAUUUUUAGAAAUUUCAAAAUUUUUUAUUCGCAAUACGAAAUUCUCGAAACAAGUUUCUUAAUCCACCAAAUUCAUGGCUAGAAGCUUACACAAAAUCUGCAAUUUUAUCGUAAAACUAACGAAAUUAUUUUAAAGAAAAAAAAUUUAAUUGAGCUGUUUUAAAAUUUCAAAUUUUUAUACACACAUUUUCAUAUUCAUACAUUAACUAUAUACACAUAUAACAAGAAAAAACUAUGCAAAACACUCAUUUAUAUACAAAAAAAAAAAAAAAGAUUGAAAAACAAAAUACAAAUUACACAUUGAUAUCAUAACACUAUAUAAAUAUAUAAAUAAUUAUUAUAAAAAUAUAAUCUCUUAUAAAUAAUCUGAUAAAUUUUAGUAAAACAAACAAAAUGUAGAAUUAGAAUUUUUAAAAGAAUUAAACCAUGAUAAGCUCUUAAGCGAAUUUUUAUUAAAACAACUAAAAACAACAACAACACAGCAUAACAAUAAAAUGAUAAGAAUUUAAGAUAAGAAACAAGUGAAAAAGAUCCCCCUCUAAAAAUUUAAGAAAAUAACAAAGAUCGAAUAUGUGACUAUACGUUUAAUAAAAAGGAUGUUUUAACAAAUUUCGUAACAAAAAAUUAAAUUACAACAGCAGAAUGAAUUCUUUCUGAUUUGCAAAUGAUUUAAAACUUUGUAACGUUUGUUAAUACUUGUUAAAAUAUCCUUAAAACUCCCUCUUUUUGAUAACAUAUAUCCCUCAAAUAACUGUUUAACUUUUUUGAAACAACCAUGUAAUGUUUUUUCUUAAAAUGUCAUCAUCACACUACUCUUUCCCCCCUGCCCAGGCCCCUUAUAUUUAUUUACAAUUUAAGCUUCAAUUUAAGAAAAAAAAACUUUACCUAUCUUUUUAAAAUAAUUUUAGUACCAAAACCCUGUACAUUUUAUUUGUUAAUUUAAAAAAAAAAAAAACAAUAAUGUUUCUGUAAAAUCCUGUGUAAAUCUGUAAUUAGAAAAAACCCAUGUUAAUAUUUUGUUCAUGUAAUAUUUUUUGUAAAAAUCAUAUAGACCUCAAAUAAAUUUUGUUAAAAAAAAGAAAAAAAAAACGAAAAGUGAAAUGAAUGAUCUAGAAGAUGAAGAAGUCUGUUUUGUAAAAUUGUAAUUUUGUUUUCAUGUAUACUAUAAAUUUCUGUUCAUACUUCUACUCCUUUACUCCUGUUACUCUAACUAUAUUACAAACUACAAAAAGUCCUCGCUUUUAUUUAAUUACAUAUUAUAUUUUAAUUAUUAUUUUUUUUUUGUUUGUUUAAUGAAUGUAUAAGUCACUGUUAAUUUAUUUUAACCUUAAAUAUGCUAUGCUACAUACCUAGUUUUAGUUGAUUUAAUUUUGAAAAUAUGUACUAAAUUACUACUCAUGUUUUAAUGUUUUUAGUUUUAAGCUUAACAGAAUUAAUAUUUGUAAUUUUUAUUGUAAUAAAGUUUUGAUGAUUGAUUAUAUAAUGAUUGUAUGAAAAAUUUAACUGAAAAAGUUUUUCGCUUUUUUUAUUUCAUGUUUUUUUAAUUAUAUUUUAACUUUACAUGUAUCUACCUACUUAUAAAUAAAUAAUAAUUGUAUUAUUAAUUAAUUAUAAAUGUAACAAUUUAAAAAAGAAAUAUUUUGUAAAUCGCCGUUUUAUUAUAAUGAAAAUAUUGUUUGUAAAUUCAAAUUGAUUAAUUAUUAUAAAUUAUUUUACACAAAAUUAAACAGAAAAUUAAACGUACAAUAUUUCUUUUGGCUUUUCUUA